GCUCUCACGUGAGGGAGGCGGCAGCGCCCGGCUCACCCGGCCCGCUGCCCUGGGAGGAGGUGCCAGCGGGUCUCGGGCCGUCUGCGCCAUGCCGACGAGCUUCACGGUGGUGCCGGUGGAGGCGCAGGGCGAGGAGCGGGGGUCGGCGGAGCGGGAUGGGCAACUGCAGGAGGAAGAAGAUGAAGAGAACGAGAGGGACCGGGGCACCGGGGAUGGGAUUGCCAAGGAAAGUAGUCCAUUUAUUAAUAGUGCAGAGUUGGACAGGGGAAACAUGUAUGAAGGAAAGAAUAUGGCUCUCUUUGAGGAAGAAAUGGAUAGUAAUCCCAUGGUGUCAUCUCUUCUGAAUAAACUAGCAAACUACACUAAUCUGACUCAAGGUGUGGUGGAACAUGAAGCAGAUGAAGACAGCAAGCGUAAGGAAGUCAAGGGUCCACGAAUGGGCACUUUUAUUGGUGUGUAUCUUCCUUGCUUGCAAAACAUCUUGGGAGUCAUCCUUUUCCUACGUUUAACAUGGAUUGUGGGAACAGCUGGAGUUCUUGAGUCUUUCAUCAUCGUGUUCAUGUGUUGUGCUUGUACUAUGUUAACCGCAAUUUCAAUGAGUGCAAUAGCAACAAAUGGUGUAGUCCCAGCUGGAGGCUCUUACUACAUGAUUUCAAGAUCUUUAGGGCCAGAGUUUGGUGGAGCAGUGGGACUUUGUUUCUAUUUGGGCACAACCUUUGCAGGAGCAAUGUACAUUCUUGGUACCAUCGAAAUUUUAUUGACCUACAUUUCUCCAAGUGCUGCUAUAUUUAAAGCAGAAGAGGUUGGUGAAGAAACAGAGGCUAUGCUAAACAACAUGAGAGUUUAUGGAACAUGUAUUAUCAUUCUUAUGGCCAUAGUAGUUUUUGUGGGAGUAAAGUAUGUCAACAAACUUGCUCUGGUGUUCCUUGCCUGUGUGAUUCUUUCCAUCAUUGCCAUAUAUGCUGGAGUUAUUAAGACUGCUUUUGACCCACCCGACUUUCCUAUCUGUCUCCUUGGAAACCGUACAUUGUCAAAACGCAGCUUUGAUGUCUGUGCCAAAUUUACUGAAAGCAAUAAUGAAACAAGGACUACACCUUUGUGGCGCCUAUUCUGUGAUAGUUCAUUGCUUAAUGCUACAUGUGAUGAGUACUUUCGUCUAAAUAAUGUAACAGAAAUUCAAGGGAUUCCGGGGAUAAUGAGUGGAGUUCUAAUUGAUAAUCUCUGGAGUACCUAUUCAGAAAAAGGAUCAAUAGUUGAGAAAAAAGAUCAGCCAUCCAUUGCUGGAUCAGAAGAGACAAAAAUGGGUGGACUCCCUUAUGUUUUUACAGACAUCAUGACCUACUUCACAAUGCUAGUAGGGAUUUAUUUCCCAUCUGUGACAGGCAUUAUGGCAGGUUCAAACAGAUCUGGAGACCUAAAGGAUGCUCAGAAAUCUAUUCCUACUGGAACAAUUUUGGCUAUUUCAACCACAUCUUUUAUUUAUCUCUCCUGUAUAGUGUUGUUUGGUGCCUGUAUAGAAGGUGUGAUAUUAAGAGAUAAGUUUGGAGAAGCAGUUAAGGGAAAUCUAGUGGUUGGUACUCUGGCCUGGCCUUCUCCAUGGGUUAUUGUGAUUGGUUCCUUCUUUUCAACAUGUGGUGCUGGUCUCCAGAGUCUCACUGGUGCACCCCGUCUAUUGCAGGCCAUUGCAAGAGAUGGCAUUGUACCAUUUAUUCAAAUAUUUGGUCACGGAAAAGCAAAUGGAGAACCAACUUGGGCUCUGCUCCUCACUGCUGGUAUUUGCGAAAUAGGAAUUUUGAUAGCCUCACUGGACAGUGUAGCACCAAUUCUUUCAAUGUUUUUCCUCAUGUGCUAUAUGUUUGUGAAUCUGGCUUGUGCAGUUCAAACACUUUUACGAACUCCCAACUGGAGACCUCGUUUCAAGUAUUACCACUGGACUCUUUCAUUCCUGGGGAUGAGUUUAUGUCUUGCCUUGAUGUUCAUUUGCUCUUGGUACUAUGCUUUGAUUGCCAUGCUAAUCGCAGGAUGUAUAUACAAAUACAUAGAAUAUAGAGGAGCGGAAAAAGAAUGGGGUGAUGGAAUCCGAGGACUGUCUCUGAACGCAGCUCGCUAUGCUUUGCUUCGUGUGGAAGACGGUCCUCCUCACACCAAGAACUGGAGACCUCAACUUUUAGUCUUGUUAAAUUUGGAUAAUGAGCAGUUAGUGAAACACCCUAGAUUGCUUUCUUUCACCUCUCAGUUGAAGGCUGGUAAAGGACUGACUAUCGUGGGCUCUGUUCUUCAGGGAAUCUACUUAGAUAAAUGUACAGAAACUCAGAAAGCUGAAGAGAAUGUUAAGGCCUUAAUGGGAGUAGAAAAGACUAAAGGAUUUUGCCAGAUUGUUGUGUCUCCUAGCUUCAGAGAUGGAAUAUCCUAUUUGAUUCAGUCAGCUGGUCUAGGAGGGAUGAAGCACAACACAGUACUAAUGGCAUGGCCACAGUCUUGGAAGCAGACAGAAAACCGUUUCUCCUGGAAAAAUUUUGUUGAUACUGUACGAGAAACAACAGCAGCUCAGCAAGCACUUUUGGUGGCUAAAAACAUUGACUUAUUUCCAACAAAUCAAGAACGUUUUACUGAAGGAAAUAUAGAUAUAUGGUGGAUUGUUCAUGAUGGUGGUAUGCUGAUGUUACUGCCUUUUCUCCUUCGACAGCACAAGGUUUGGAGAAAAUGUAAAAUGCGUAUUUUCACUGUUGCUCAAAUGGAUGAUAAUAGCAUUCAAAUGAAGAAGGAUCUUCAGAUGUUCUUGUAUCAUCUUAGACUGAAUGCUCAAGUGGAAGUUGUUGAAAUGUUUGAAAACGAUAUUUCUGCAUUCACAUAUGAGAAGACACUUAUGAUGGAACAGCGAUCUCAGAUGCUAAAACAGAUGCAGCUGUCAAAGAACGAAAGGGAAAGGGAGGCCCAGCUGAUCCAUGAUAGAAAUACUGCCUCGCACUCUGCUCCAGCAGUUGAAGCAAGUGUGGCUGCUACUGUGCCAGAAAAAGUGCAAAUGACCUGGACUAAAGAAAAGUUUGCAGCUGAAAAGCAUAAAACCAAAGAUUCAAAUGUAUCUGGGUUUAAAGAUGUUUUCAACAUGAAGCCAGAAUGGGGAAAUCUGUAAGUCUAAUUUUCAUUUCACUUAAGCAACAUAGACUGUGUUCUCUGCUUCUUGUGGUCCUGUACAUUGUAUGCAUGUUUCUAUCUCAUAAUUUGCAGUGCCUUUAUUCUUUUGUUCCUUGUUUAAUAUACUGUGAGUUAGCAAAUAUCAUGGAAAAAAAUAUUCAUCAUUGUGACUUGUUAAUGUUCUCUUAAAUGUUAUCAACUUCCUAUUCAAGGUAAGUCACAAAACAUGUGGUUUAGUUUCAGUAAGAAUGUCAAACUUGACAGUACUCCUCUGCACCAGUUUAAUAUUUCAUUUUCUAAGUAACUACAUUAAAAAGUGAAUGUGUUUUUAUUCUGGAAAAAUAGCCCCCCAUUGUGAUACAACUAAUUGGACAGUAAGGGUUAUUUGUUCACAAAGGAAACUUGUGUUUCAUCAAAAGUCAGUUCUUGCCUGUUUUCUACCAACCAGUGCAUGUGUAGAAAUAACGUAAGUUCAGGCAUACAUUGGGUAUGACAGCACACAAAAAUGGGAUAGUACUUCUUUUAAGUGGAACUCACUUGACUGCUGUUCUUUUUUUCAGAGUUCAGCAUUUUCCUUCUUUCCUCUGUUUAACAAGUUGAGCUUCUUACAAAAAUUUAGGAAGCUUACCUUGUGUACCAUGUAUGGUUUAAGUUCUACCCGUGCUUGAAGGUUAAGUGAUGUUACUUAGCCUCAGUUUACAUUGUACACAAUGCAAGCCUUUAUUUUAGUGCUGAAUUUUUGCCUCCUCUGCCACAAAUUUACAUCUUGCAUUUGAGUUUUAGUUGAACAAUGUUUCAGCUUCAAUAUUUGUACAUCUCAGUUACACACUCAUGCUUUUCUUCAUAGUUGUUCUUUGGUGUUCUCAAGAUGCAGUUCUCCUGCAAAAUGGAGCUUCAAGCAUUCUGUUCCAUAUUUGGUUUUUGUACAGUUGGUUCUUAGUAUAGAUGACCACUGUGAUAGAAAAUCCCCCAAGAGGGACUGAUAAACUCAGCUUUAGAAAUGUCAUUCUCUCGUGGGGGGAAGAUUGGCGAUAGCAAAGGGGAGAGAAUCAAUUAAAUAGAUAGGGCUAGUCUCCAUUGUCCACUAAACUUCAGGCCAAAUGCCUUUUACUUUCUGUUUGUAAAGCAUCUACUUUUGGGCAGCAGAUAUUUUGCAUAAAUGAGCUAAGGGAGAGUUUGAAUAUUUUUGUCACACUGUAGCGCAUUUCUGGUCUUAACUAAUUUUACACAGAUAGCAAUUUCUCG